ACAUAAAAAGCAGUUUGUUUUCUUACAUUGACAUGCAUACACGUGUAAUUACUUUCUAAAAUUAACCAUGUUAAUGAUUAAUAGAUAGGCCAAGAACAAUGGUUUAAGCAGGAAAGUCAUUGUCGUUACUACGGGAGAUGUUAGCCGUUGCUAUCAGCAGAGCAGGUUGUAGGGCAACAACCCAUGAACACAUGUGUAGAGGUAGGAGUACGGUGGUGACACGGACGCUGACGAUGAAGCUAUUCUGGAAGGUGACCAAGAGGAUUACCAGAAAACCUUUCUCAAGUCUUGGCAUCCUGCUCUGUUCUUCCCUCGUUGUUUUCGUGGGGAAAGGCCUCCUCAAACCUUCAUAUGUAUAUGAAUACAUCGACUUGUCUCAUCUUGCAAAUAUACCAGAAGCAAUAGAACCAGUUUUCGCAAACAUCACCUUUGACGAGUUGCUGAUUGAGCACAGGAAGGGAUCUGAAGCCCGGGUAGAGAAUGUCAGCUUUGACGUCUUACUCAGAGAGUAUGGAAAGAAAAUUGGAGAUUUACAACUUGCGGGACAAUGGCGGAAAGAUCCAGCGAAACCCUGUGAAGAAGAAUCAUUCGCAGGAGGGGCGUGUGUUGAAGCUAGCUGCCCAGUACUCCAGUCCACAACACCAGAAGAAAACCUGAGAAGUGUCUUGUCGACCAUGUCGGAACGGAAGCACAAGGAUCUGAGCCUCUUAAUGAGGCUGUUCCCAGAGCCUCCUACCGGCAAGAGAACAAUGUUUGUCACUGCAGCAUCCAGCAACCACUUCUACGAGGCUCAGGCCCUGAUCCGGAACCUCCACAGGAAUGUCUUCCCUCUGAUUGAUGACUACACAUUUGUGUUCUAUGAUCUUGGACUGAUGCCCUGGCAACGAGAACAGAUGGAGAAAUAUUGUCGUUGUCAAGUCCGGAGCUAUCCGGUGGAGUUUCUGCCUUCAAGGUUGCAGAAUCUUAAAUGCUACACAUGGAAAGCUAUUAUCAUACAGGCUAACCUGCACAAGGCAGACAUACUAGUGUGGAUGGACGCCUCUGUCAGGUUCUCGAACAAUGUCAUCAACUCCCUGCUGGAUGAUGUAGAGAAACGUGGCCUGGCCAUGUCCUCGGGCUAUAACUCUGUGGCACAGCAUACUCUACAGAUCACAAUGAACUACAUGAAAGAAAACAUCUGCACCUUAGCUCCAGUCCCCGAGCUUCAAGCGACAUUCAUCAUGUUUCACAACGAGCAGUGGAUUCGAGAGGCUGUUGUGAAACCAUGGGCAGUUUGUGCCAUGAGUGCUGACUGCAUGUGUCCUCGGAAUCCAGAACGUGACAUUUUUUGCAACGUUUACAUCCACAAAUACAAUAAGUGUAACCGAUUUGACCAAUCAGCAAUGAACAUCAUCCUCGCCAAACUUUUUCGGGAUCACACAAGUAGUUUUGUUUCGACAUACGACGACUAUGUGGCCAUCAUGCGUGACGAUGCUGCUUAUUAUUUUGAUGAACUUGAGAUAAACGCUUGACCCAUUCUACUGUCUUCUAACGACCAGCAUAGGUUACAGAGGACCAAUUCUAGUCCGUGCAUCCAUGACACAUAUUUGUUGAACAUUUAAUAGUGACAGUAACAAACUAUGUCACUUAUGUGUUUCCCCAAAACACGAGUGAGUUGGGUUUAAAGCCGCUUUUAACAGUAUUCCAGUUAUAUGCAACAUUGCAGAUUUUUCGGAAGUUUUAGGUGCGAGUGAUACUAUUUUUUUACAGAUUCCAGAAUGUUGUAUUACGUUGUCCUUGAAGCUCUGACAUCCGUUAUUAGUGAGUGAGUGAGUGAGUUGGGUUUAACGCCGCUUUUAACAGUAUUCCAGUUUUAUCGCGGCGUGUGAGCUUAAUGUGGGAGGAAAGCCCGAAGUGAUGCAGGUCUCAGACGUUUACCACUUCGGUGAAACCUACGAGCACGGGUAUGGUGCUGACAAACCUAGAAACAUAAUCGGGGCCCAAAACACGAAAUGUGUGGAGAACAAUUGCAACACAGAGGAAGUCACCGUGAACAAUAUUUCAGACAUAGUCCGGCUAUUGUGCUGACAAAUGCAAAAACACACUCAGGGCGAAUCUGGGAUUCGGACUCACGAUCGAACGUCUCUGGCACACCUAAGGGAUCCGAGGAGGGAAUUGUGGCGCCUCAGACGACUGGACCAUCCGUGUACCCCUUGUGUAUAUCUUGGAAGCCCACAUAAAGUGUCAUCCCUGUGACACGCUGAUGUCGUUGACACCACUGACGACGUUGUCAAGGACCAGGUGUCAGUUGUGGACGAAUAGAUGGACGCAGAAGAACGGAGACUUUCAGAACACAAUAUGGUGGUCAUGUUAAUGCGGACAUGUGUGGCACUUCAUUUCUCAUCAUGACGUGACGUCGGAAAACUAUGCGUGUGCUUGUUGUGUUCGUGUGUUUAGUUUUUUUUAUGACAGUGCGUGAAUGACUUGAAAUUUAACGUCACAUCGGCAAUAUUCCAGCCAUAUCCUGAUGAGAACAAGUUAUACAUUUAUAAUAAAUACAUUUGGACUGAAUAAAACAUGUCUAUUGACAGUACAAUAACUACA